CGGACAGAGCAAGGAGGGUUAAGAGAAGAAUGGACAGAGUGAUGUCUUGAGGCCUUUCAUAUACCUGCCAGGCCCUGGGAGAGGAGGUUAGGACCAUAUAAAAAUUCGAUCAGGGAUGAAGCAUCUGUUCGUAUAUUCCGGAAAUGUAUUUUUGUUUCCAUGCCUAUCGCUUGUUUUUCUGACUUUCUAAAAAGCACUUAACGCUUUGUAAUUGAGAUCAUAUUGAACACAUACUGUUAUGAUACCUCGCGGCGUCCGCCAAAUCUCAGUCUUCUCCUACCGGCACCGAUGGAAACAUGAAAUAUAGAAUGUAUUAUUUAUCUGCAUUUCAUACUUGGUCUCGUUUUUGGUUGCGUUGCGUCUCUUAAAGCCCAGUCCAGAGUGCCAAGUUUCACGCAUGCCUAAAAGCGUAAAGUUUAUCGCGAGUAUCGCGCCAAUACCCUAUCUCUUUGAUUAAGGGGAGUAGCCUCCUAAUUCUUUGUUUACGUACAAAAGCAGCCCAAGGACGCACUUCAAAGAACGAUUUCUCGAUCCGGUGUGCACGGGCGACCGAACGGCGGCUUUUCCUCGCAUGCACGGAAUACCUGCUGCAGGCCCGGCCAAGUCCCCAGCCAGCCGCUCGAUUAUUCCUUCCCUCCGUCGUCGCCGGGUGCCACGUGCUUUUCUAUCUGCGCGCCACUACGCCGGCGCGGCUUCGCGGAGCGACGCCGAACCUCGGACGGCGGCGAGAGAGGCACGCGACGGAGCCCAAGCGACCGAGCGAACUGCGGCGCGCCGACAGGGGCGAUCGGCUUUUAAACCCACGGGGCAGAGCCGUAUUGGCUGGCGCCGGAGCUGACGUCGACAAGACGGCGGGCACCGAGCGCGCGGAGCACGCACAUACGCACGCACCUUGCUUGCAUCGCUUGCCGCCCAGCGCGUUGGCUGUCGCGUCUGCUGUUCCGCGAGCGUGCUUGCGAGCCGCCGCGCGACGCCGCUGCGGCCCCGUUUGUGUGUGAUACAUGCCGUAGCCAUAGCCGUUGGCGCGGGGCUGUACCGUUUUCUUUUCUCCCUCGCUCGUCGCCUGCCGCCGACCUCUCGUGUCGUUAUCUUGCAAGGAGGAGAAGAAAGGGGAGAGGAGGCGAGAGGAGUCACACUCGCGCGGGGCCCAAACCUCCCCUUCCCCCUUUGUGUGCGCCGCCGUUGCUUCUGCAUCGCGUCAUCAUCCCCGUCGUCGCAUCGACGUGGAACGAACGAGUCGGGCCGCCAAGCCGUCCCCGGCCGACUUUCCGCUUGCCACCGAACGAACCUUGGCGACGAGGAUUGUAAUUCCCAUUUAUUUUUUCGGCGACGUACAAGCUUCGACAGCCAAGUCGGAUCCGCUUCCCUGAACCAGUCCAUCUAUGUGCUUGUGUCGCGUCGCAUCGCACUCGACGCCGACCUCGUCGUCGAUUCGAAACUCCGCGACCUCUCGUCGACGCCAAGUCUUCGUCGACUCCGAACCUCCGGCAGUUGCGUGAGCCCGUGAGGAUACUGCGAAACGGUGGUGGGUGGUGCGUGAUUUCUUCGCAAUCGUCUUCGACGCACCGAGCCAGUGAUUGUGGUCGUGCGACGUCUUCGAAGACAGCGCUGUACGAUCCUGAGCGCCCACGGCGACUCAAGUGCGGCGCGUGCGUUUCUGUGUGCCUGAAGCGUGUUUUCUACACCGAGUUCUUUUCCGUUUUUUCUUACGGGGCGUAGUGCCUGUUCCCCGCGCUGACGACUUGACACGUGAUGAUGGAGGAGCCCGUAGCGGACUCCCUGUUGUUGUAACCGUGUGGCGGGAGGACCGGCUGAAGAAGCGGGACAGCACGUCAGUGGCAAGAACCUCAAAAGAAGAAGCGGAAGCACGUUCAGGUUCUCAGUGUCUCAGGCGGUGGCGCGAACGGGUGGUAUCCCGGCGGCCGGUUCCGAUGACUGGAGCGGCGGUCGUGGCGGCGCGCCUGCAUGCCCUGGCGGCGUGAGGCGGCCAUGCAGCAGAUCGGUCAGCUGCCGCCCAUGACCCAGGAGCAAGACGUUCGCACGGCGCAGACGCCCCCCGGUGCGAACGGCCCCAACGGCUCGGCCAGGCAGGAUGGCUCGGCCCCGCCGCCACUGCUGCAGCGAAAGUCGUCGAGUGAUCGACCACCACUCUCCAGUGAGCUGCUGGAGACCCUCCGGCGAGAGUGUCUCGAGCGCAGUGUGUGCACCCGGGUCGCGCGUCUCCCAAGCGUGAUUGAAAAGGCGCCGCAGCCUAUCAAACUGGAGCCUCCUCUCUUCAAGACGGAGGAACCGCCGACGGUCCCUGUUUCUAUUCCCAAGGCGGCUGUCUUGUCCAGAACCGAGAAGACGCACCUCAAGUCUGCUUCCCGGACACUGCAACAGAGUAUUCACCAACAGAACCACCAUCAGCACCACAACCAGCUUGCCAGGACUGCUUCGAGCGGCGUGAAACACGAGAGUGUUCGCGGCCACGAGAGCUCCGAAGCGGAGCUUCGCGGGUCGAGGUCAUCGCCGUCGUCGGUGGAGCGUUCUCAGAAUCGAUCCGACGCGGAGCUUUCUUCGCCGCCUCCAUUACGAAGCGCUGUGCAGUCCCCGCAGCAGCAGCACCAGAAUCACCAGCAGCCACAGCGACGUCGGACUGAAGAGGAACGCCUUCAGAGCGAGGGCGAAAUGGUGUGCAAAAAAGAGGACAGUGAAGUGCGUGCCAACGUCGCCAAGUGCAACUACGUACUCAGUGACAACUACGAAAACUUGUCCGGUGACGAGAGUCCCGCGUCGCGCUCUCUUGAGGCGUCGAACGUCGACGAUAAGGCUAUUGAACUUUUCCUACCUCUCGUAGAUGCCAUGGAAGGGCAGGGGCAGAACGACAGCUCGGCCGCUACUACGGCUGUUUCGUCGGAAGAGUUCGCGGAAAGCGGUGCCGUCGACGACUACGACGACUUGCCCGAGGAAGGCAGCCUAGUCAUUGAUGAUGAAGGCAUCGAUGGUGAACCGAGUGCAGUUAGCGGUGCUACGGUCGCGAACGCUGCAGGUUCUAACAAGGGGUUGUCUGGAACAAGGUUAAAUUGGCCACAUCCGUCACCUACUGCCGUGUCGCCGGAUUCGCCACAGGAAUCAUCGGCUGGUUCUCCCGUGCCGAGAGCUGACCAUACCUCUACGUCCAGGAGCAAGUCCGCCGAAGACGUCGCCGACACUGGCUCCAGGUGGCAACUACUCAAAGACCUCAAGAACAAAAAGUCCAAGUUGGGCCUACUUAGAAAGUCUACACCCGGGGACUCCACGAGAGGUGACGACUCGGGCGUGACACAGCCUCCGCCAUUGAGGCCCGUUCAGGGCGACUCGCCUCCGCCCUCCCGAAGGCCGGGCAGGCGACCCAACGCGCGAGCAGCCACUGCGGCGACGCCCAUUGCGGGGGACGGCAACGAGGAAGACAGGGCUGGUGGUGCCACGAGGUUGGGGCCAGGGCGGCUGUCCGUCGACGACCACGGUGACGGUACGUCGGCAGCGGUGACGACGCCCCCGCUCCGCAACGGUCCACGUAGACGGUCCCGCUGGAAGGCGUCCGCUUCGCAAGAGGACGAAGACACCGGCGGCGCCGAAAGUGGAAGCACUGUGGAUUACCAGCUCAGCUCGGAUGAGGAGACGUCCAAAAGGAGCUCGGGCCAGCCGACGCCUCCGCCUCUUCCGCCGCCCGCACAGGCCCCUCAUAUAGGAGCAGGUGGCAAGAAGCAGCGCAAGAACUCCGAGGACAACCACCGGCGCGGCAGCAGCAGCUCGCUCAGCGGCGACCAGCAGCACGGCGAUGAGUCUCGCUACAAGCGGCUGGCCCAGGAGCUACCGGGCUUCAACUGGCUAGAGCAGAAGAUCAUGGGCCACGGCAGCGGAAACUUCGCCGAUGCGCCGCCGUCCAUAACCAAGCAUGUGACCCGCGAGGCACCCGCGGUGGUCGCUGCUCCUGCAGCCGAGAGGACGGAGCAGAAAGCAGCUACACCUACCCAGGAGCCAAGGCGUGUUUAUCCUCCGGGCACCGAUAUCCUAAGCCGUUCCAUGUCCGAGAUACAAGACGAUUGCUGUGACGACGAUGUAGGCGACGAGGCGCCUGUAACGGAUGCUGCUGCAGUACCUGCACCAGAGGAGGGCACAAAUGGAGGUGAUGGGAAGCCUCAAGAAAUGGCUCAGCAGGAAAUCCCAAGGCAGAUUCUAGUCACUGCGCUUCCUGAUACCUACACGAAUGAUCCUCGCCUUUCGCAAAUGAUAACGUCCACGGCCCUUAUGCGACCGCAAUAUCCCUUGGAGGCUCAUAUGGCUAGCUCGAAUGCUGCGCUUGAGUUACCGAUGGGUGCCCCUGGCGUAUCUUCUGCACCGUUGUUAACGUGCGUUCCUCAGGGCAUGCCAGAAGUUGAAGCCGAGCGUAGGCAUUCUCCUAAAUCCCAAGCCGACGCCACUCCACAGGGGAAGACAGCCCCGGAAGAACAGUCGAGUGAUUCUGAUGUGCUCUAUCUAGGAGUCUCGAGGAAGAGCUUGUCACCAGGAUCUGAACACAGUGGUGGCGAACCUAGAAUGUCCAUGUUGUCCGAAGCCGGCAAAGUAUCCGAAAUGUCGAGGUCCGCAGACGCCAACGCUACGCAAGUAGCAGGUUCUCAACAGCCGCGUGCUGGUGCACCAGAGCCGAUAAACUUGAGCGAUGCAGCCAGACGAGGUGAAGCUUAUAGUACACCAAGGGAGCAGUACUCCUUCUUCCAGCCUCAUGCGUUUGUGGUGGCUGACCAUCAAAGAUGGCUAGAGGAACGUCGCUACCAAGAAAUGAUAAACUCUCGUGGGCCCAUCGGGCAGCAGAGGCACCUGCCUUCGUCACAGUUUUCACCCGAGUUGAGUCAGAGAAGGUUCUCCGUAGGUGCGCAGAUGUUCCCAAGUCGUAUGGAGGCACAGCAGCAGUACAGAGCUGCGGUCCCUGAGCGCUCGCCAACGCUACGCCAAAUUCCGCCUCCCCACCAAGGUGCGUCACCUCAUCAAGCACUAGCGCAGCACCAGUCAACGCCAUCGCAUCAGUCACAGCUGUCGCAUCAGCCCUCGCAUCAAGCCCAGAUGCCGCAACAGGCGGCCCAGUCGCAUCAACAACCGCCGUCACACCAAGGACAUUUCUCGCAUCAGGUGCCGCCAUCACAGCAGCCGCCGCCGCCGACCCACCAGGCACAGCUUUUGCACCAGACACAGUUAUCGCAUCAGAUACCAUAUUCGCGCCCAGCACAGCAAAUGCACACCACGCCUCCAUAUUAUCCAUUGCCUCGAGCGCACCAAGCGCAGCCACGUGGUCAGCCUCUUCAACCGCUUCCUACACUGACUCGUGACACCUCACCUCGCAACGGAAGGCCCGAACUGUACCAACAGCAGCAGCGUUACAAAAACACGGAACAAGCAUACGGAAUCGGUCCUCACGCUCAACAAAUGGGUGCAUAUGUCGGGCCUCAAAUACCUAAGCAAAAUCCCGACCCAGCUGCUAAAGACAUGUCCCCACCGACUGGAAACCCUUUCAUGAAAGAUAGCAAGAAUGAGUCCUCGUACAAAGAAAUUGGUGCUUCCCGACAAGAAAGACCAGCACCUGUGUCACUACCAGCAGCUCCAGCGAACACGAAGCCUCCGUCGAGCUCACCUCACGCACAGCGCCCUGAAUCAGGCAGCCAUUCCUCACAAACGAGCAGUCUGAAAACGGAAAUGGAGAUGCUAAAGGACGAGUUGAAGUACUUAGACGCCUUGGCAGCUCAAAAGGAGGCUGAAUAUGAGAAGGUGGUGCACACAAGAGCUGAAAAGCUCAAGACCCUAAACCAACUCGAAGCAAGGUAUAAGCGUUCGCUCGAGCAGCCGCAGUCGUAUCCCAAGGACGACCUUCGGUAUCCGGGUAGCUCAGUUGAGGCUCGGCAAGGCCAAAGCCCAGCCUCUCAGUCAGAGAAGGGAUCUUCUCUAGUGGAUGAUCCGAAAGCUGUUCCUAAGCAACGGUCGUCAUCGGGUGGUGGAGUUGGCCAGCAGAAGACUUCGCCUCCAUCUCUCUCCUCUCCGCUGGCGAAAACUUCACCUGGGAAUCAGGCAGUUCCUGGACUCAUUCCUUACUCACUGCCGCACCCCCCUCAGCAGACCAGACCACCGCUGUCACUUCCGCCGCACGCCAACAUUCCGUUAAACAUGCCGCUCAUUGGCGCUGGGAUGUUCAAUAUGCGCAACAUGGAGCUCCAGCGAGAUUUCGCUCCUAUGAUGGCAACUCAGCCGCUCAACUCGCCAAUGGUGCCAGGAUACGGCCGGCCGUACUACCCGCUCGACAGGAGCAAGCACCCAAUCCAGCACCCAAUGGAACCGCCGAAGCCUGCGGUGAAGCGAAAGUACUCGCCUGGCAGUGCUGCCAGCCUUCCACAGGCUAAUGGCGAAAUGCGCAGCACCUCUCAGCGUCCCGCCAUGGCACCGACGGGGCAGCGCCAGAGAGAGCCCGAGAAGGUUACGGCGCCCUUGAGCCAAGAGCACGCGCAAUGGGUACAUGCUAUGAGGGCACGCGAGUCUCAGGGCGCGCCACCCGCCUAUGCCGCCAGCGUUCAGAGCGCUUUUCAAUCGUACAGUUCAUUUCCCAACAGGCGCGUCCUUCCAGAAGACCUGCCCCUGAAUCCUACGAUGAGCAACGCCACCUGGAGCAACUACGCGGAAGGCCUCCACGAACAGUAUGCCUUUCAGAUGGCGAAGCAUGGCUUGUACCCGGGCCAUCCCGCGUGGAGCGGAUUAGAGAAGCAGCAGCAACGUAGCAGCGACGUUACAAGUGCUGCCAUGCUUGGAAGGGAGCCUCCGGCAAAACGACCGUCCCGUGAGGAGCCAGUAAUGCAGCAAAUGUCGAAAGAGAGGCACAUGAUGCGGCCCGUAGACAAGCCCGUUGCCCAUGCAGCGUCGUUGGGAAGUCAAGCGCCGUCCCAGGAACAGGCUCUACCAGCGCAGGCAACACAGGUCCCGCAGAAUCCGCAAGGCAAGAGCAACACUUGUGUAAUGUGUGGUCAGCAUGCCCAGUUCAUGUGCUCUGGCUGUCAGAACAUAUGGUACUGUGGGCCUCAGUGUCAGAGGAGCCACUGGGUUAACCAUUCCAACGUCUGCAUGGGGACGAAGCGUUGACGGCGAUGUCGUGGUGCCCGCUGCGGCCUUACGUUCAAGAUGCGCCACGGGCAAGCUGCGCUACGCGUAAAGGUGCAAACCAGCUCUCGUGAUGGGCAAAUGGAACUCAGCCUGUCCGGCUGAUUCUUCGUGCAACCGAAAAAGAAAACGUUGGCUGGGAGAAUCUGUGCGGCGCUUGACAAGACGAUUCGAGAAUCUCCUUCGAGCGGUGCGGGACCAAGGAGUGUAGCGAUCUGUCUGCUGUGCCAUAAGUUCGCGCGCGUGCUGUGGUGUGUGCGCGUGCGGAGCGUUCUUUUUUUGUCAUUUCUUUGCCUUACUAUAUUGCUCCCGCGACUGUCCCCAACAGCUGCUGAUAUUUCGACUGACUGACAAGCUGCCGCCACCAUCACCCCACGCCGCGACGCGUUUACUGCCGUGCUCUAGUCAAAACACUUACGUUCCUGUCCACUGCGUUUAACUGUGGCGCAGAGAAACUUGUUCGCGUCUCCUCGAACUUCUUUAUCGCUGUUGGCGAUGCGUUGACGCUGUGAACAGUUACCGAUGCAGAAGAAUGGCACGAGCAGCGUCAGCACUUCUUUCUUGGAAGUUCGUGAGCUUGGUUGGAAUGAUAUCCGGCGAGCUAACUUAUAUUCAACGGCAUGACCAAAGACAGUGGGCAUUAUUGUUUCGCCAAUUAUCCAGCGAGAGACAUGGCUGGUGCAGCGAGAUUCACAUUUUUUCGUUAUGUUUGUUUGUUUGUUUAUCGGUUUCAUAUGCAUCGUUUUGUUUCUUUCUCAGGCGUGCUUAGCAAUGAACAUUAUUUAUGAGGGCAUACUGUUCUGCACCACAUACAGUCAUAUUCACUAUACUCCCAAUUUUGUUCGUCACGUUCCAUUUUUUAUACGCGAGAAAUUCGCUCCUGCGCGUAUUUAGUGACGGCUAAGGCGUUGGGGCUGAUUUGAAGGUGUAUUUGUUUUUCAUCCUGUCAUUGUUAAUUUUAUUACAUUCCCAGAAUUUCUUUUACUGAACGCAUGUAUUUGCUAUUGACAGUUUUUAUUGCACGAUUGUGAAAAUGAUGCUCUCCGAUGCUAUACUUACAAGCACUAUUUAGGCAGGUAAAAAAAAAGACACAUAUCAAAAUGUGGUCUAUUUACACGGCCGUGUUGUGAUCUUCAUCGCAACCCAAAGUUUUAUUCUUCAUAGAAAGGUCAAAUUGUUGUGUAUUGAUAAAUGAAAGCAUUGAUGCCUAACUCAACGAGUGCCCUCGUGUAGUCGCCAAACGUGCCAUUUAAAGAAAUUUUUAACAAUAACUAUAGUCUUAAAAGGGUGCUACAUGCUGCCACUAUGCUGCAGGUGUUGACAAAGCCUUCGCUCAUGAAACGUGGUUGGGCAGUGCCUUAAGCUCAUAUGUUGAGGUCAGAUAAUAGGGUUAGACUAUUGCAGCAGUAUUGGUCGACAGGACCCUUAAAGUGUGUUUCUGUAGGCAAAAUAUGAAAACCAAAGCAGCGGUACGAAAGAGUAGCAGUCCUUCUACCAAGCCUGGAGUAAGGCAGAAGUUAUUUUUGCAAUAAUGCAUGGUAGUACAGGUGUUCAUUACUCCACGUUCUGGUACUAUGCCUUUUUUCACUCUUUUUUUUCCCAAAUCAAGCCAAGUAUGUUGGGCCAAGGACUAUGAAAAUGUUUGAAACUGUAAUCAGCUGUAGCGGAUAUCGCGUGCAAUGCGUUGCAUAACGAAACCCGAGUGUCAAGUUGGACAAUUGCUUGUGAAAAAUUUAGUUUUAAUGCUUAUGCCUAUUGAAAGCACACACUCGGAAGAUCAGUCAUUCCAGUGUUACGUUGCUUAUCUACAUAAGUUUUGUGUAGGCACCGUAUAUUGUGUGUUAUUGCCGGUCAUUGGGGAAAACUUGGAAGACUCGCAGGAGCUUAGCCUAAGCUCCGAUUACCGCCCUGCACUGACUAGGAAAUUGCUUUCUGUUAUUGCUGAGGGAUGAUAACAUGAAAACAUUUACCGCUUUAGUGAAUGGUUGCCAUGUUGGAGCACGUGAACAAUGCUGCGUGGUGGUGCUCAUGCUGCAAUCCUAAAAGAUAUAGAAUUUUUAGAAGUGAGGCGAAGCUUCUCAUGCGCUUAAGCCAUACGACCGUAAGUGAGAAAGGUCCAUUCGCUCUUUGGCUUUGGUGUACUUGAGAAAUGGUGCCCUGCGAAGUGCGGCUAGUACGUUGUUAUCGUUAUCCACUUGCGGCAGUUUGGUCCACGCUAAAGGCGCACAUUAAAUCCAGCUACAGUGACGCAUUAGAGAUUCAACAUAUGUAAAGCCUCAACUAUCGCCUUAAGAACUGUUUCGAAGUAAAACAGUGACGUACAUGUCAGACAGUGUGACACCGCAGUACAAACAGGCUGGUUCGCGUAACCUAAGCCCAUUUAGCCAAAUUGUGCGUACGCUACAGACAUACAAGCGCAUCUCAGUGUACUCUUUAGGAAACCAAAAAUACGAGCAGCCUUAUUCGUUAUUUACAAGUAAUGCUUAGCUUUGGAAGUAUCGAUUUAAAUGCCAGAACUUUAUUAAAAAGUUGCGAAGUAUGUUCAGAAUUAUUCAGUAGAGUUGUCCGAGGAAGGUAGCUGCUAUCGUUUACUCAGUUUAGUCCAGCCCAAUGAAAGCGUACCAGACCUUAAAUACCAGGGAAAAUAAGAGGAAGGUGGGAGAUGGAAAUUCAAGAGAAUAGACACAACGAGAACGGGGUAAAAGGAGCCUCGCUCCUGGUUUUACCCAGUUCUCAUUUUGUUCACACUUAGAAAAGUAUGAUGUGACGUCCUCUACCGUCGUCGAGCUACCUGUUCAUACACCCUGUUCUGUCUGCACCAGCGCAAAUUUUAUCGGGAACACCCUCCCCCCCCCCUUUCUUUUAUGGCACUAAUGCCGUUGCUCGAUGACAGCUAGUCAUGAGGCCGUUUUUCAGAUAUCGGGCGCUUUCUCGGAGCUAGAAAAAGCCGUGACAAACAUAUAUAUAAGGAACCAAAUCGCUUAUAUAUUGUUUAAUACUGAAACAUUCGCAGUGAAACCUUGAUAUUUAGGUUGAUGAUUAGAUAAAUAUCUCGUUACUGUAUGAGAGUCCUCGAGUAAUAGUUCGAAUUUUUCAAGACGGCAUGAAUCCUCCCCUCCUCUUGGACCAGCAUGAAUUUUUCUUCGAAGCUUACUUUCUUUCUUUUUGAGAAAUCCGUGUGUGUGUUCUUUUAGUAGCUUUGCGCUGCAGUUGCGCCCAUGACAAUUCUCGCUUUCAAGAUGACACCAAACGGCAUUGAUUCAAUUCAGACACCCGCUGCUGCUUAUCUUUAAAUGUUUGAGGCAAGUUUGCUUAACGAGAGAGCGUGAGAGAGAUAAAGACAAAGCAAAGACAGGGAGGUUAACAAGAGGAUAUUUCCGGCUCGCUACCCUGUACCGGGAGCGCGGGAAAUUGGUACGAAAGAUGAGAAGUUAGCAGAAACAUCUUGUGUAGACUACCAGCGGCCGGUGAUCUAAUGUGUCCCUUCUUUAAUUGGUUAUUUUAAUUAAACAUGAUAAAAAUUCCUUCCAUUGCAGUUCACUUUGCAAGAAAGUGUGGUGCAACUGGUUCGUUUUUGUUUAGCACAGAAAAACUUGUCGAUAUCAUUUCUGUCAGCUCGGUCGGCGCUAUUUGUGGUAACACAGUGCAUUGUGGAUGCGGUCCACUAACUCGAAGCAAGCUGCACCAAGUGGCCCAUCAUUGACAUCCGAGGUAGCAGGCGCAGAUGCUUUCCGCGAAGAGAUUUCCCCGAUCACCGUUGUAGGGCGUACAUAAGCAGUUACUCAUUCACCUGGUCUGCUUCUUCUGCUUCGUCAUCGCACUGCUUGCUCGGUUUGCCGUUUCGCCAUUUUCUGCGAAGCCUGCAGCGCCAUGACAUAAGGUGCUGUCGACUCAAAAAGUGGCAUCCGAACAGCGUAGGGUGACAUGGGCUUGCUUUUGCCACUCCAUUUGUUGCGGGCCUUUUUUUAGUAUCAGUCUCCUCCACAGCUAAGACAUUUCCUGGCUUGAGUAAACCUCAUGGGUGUUCUGGAAAUAUAAUUUAAAGAGCUAGCUUUAUUCCAUUGUUUGUUUGAUGGCGUCUCUGUACGGCAAUGAUAAAUUCCUAACGUAGAAGUGUUAUUCGCCGUGGUAGCAGCAAUGGCAUUGCAAUUUAGGGAAGCGACGAAAUACAUCGGCGCCGAGUGCAUUCACUGAAACAUGUUUAUAACAAUCGGGAGCUUUUCCCGAGAACACUUCAGCCUUCACGUUUUCAAGAACGUGUGCUUGUGUAUGGUCAAGCUCAAUGUGAAGUGUGCCAUGUGCUCCUGACUGGAGAACACGCGUUUUCUGCCUACCAUAAUACCGCCGCUGUUAGUUCGUCAACAGCGACGUUUGGCCUCUGCAAGUCAAUGACGUAUUAACGUCGAUGAUAAUGCUCCGCUAUAUUUUUGCUUUCUCUCUAGGUUUACGCGCCACCCGUGCACCUUAGAAGCCUUGUGGGCGCGUACAAUAAAGUUACACUGUAGUGUCAUUAUAAUCGUACGAAGUCAUCAUACCUUUUCGGGACUAAGGUGGCCUCCUAUUCCACGCGCACGCUGAACGUUUGCUCACUGCAUUGCUUUUCACAUUAGGCUGUGUAAAAAUGGCAUUGUGGAGAAGCCUUUCAUUACCCAAAUCUUAAAAUGCGCCUGUUUACACAGCUUACCCUCACUAGUGAAAUAUAUUGCUGGAGUCUUAAGCACUCGUGAAACUCAUAGCUGAAAAUGAUCUCAUUUAUCUUCACUUUGCCAAUCAUAUGGGUACAUGCGUUGUCUCUCGAUGGAAAGGUACAGACAGACAGACAAAGAACUUUAUUAAUGGUCCUGAGGAACCGGCGUUAGGGUACUUCCCUUUUCAGGGAGUCCCCGUAGCCGUCGCGGGCCGCACCCACGUCGGGGUCGAAAGAUCGUGGUCCUCCGCCCUGUCGCAGGCCCUCUGGACAGCCCGUAGUUGCUCUGAGAGGUCGCCGCUCUUAAAGGUACAAAUGUAGGGAUGUUUAAGAAACAUUGUUGUCAGUCAACAAAACCACGCGUUCCAUUGUAACAGUUCUUUACACUAAUCUGAACUGCCGCUGCUCCAACUCUUCAACUAUAUGCCUGUAUGGGCCGUGUACGCACAAAAAAAAAGGAACUGCUAGGCAUAAUGUAUCGGCUUAUACAAAUGACAUUACUGAGUUUUCCAGCGAGCACAUUCAGCAUAAAUGUGGUGGUGCAUUGUGAACUGAAUGUUGUUUUGUGGUUUUUCAAUAUCAUUGUUGCAAUAGUGUGGCAAGGCGGUACCGUAUGAAGCUGCCCAUCCCUUUACCUAACAAUGCGUCUUUACGACGCAUGUGUAAUACAGUGCAAUACAAAAUCCCUAUUAACAAAAGCAAAUGGGAUUUAAUGCUGCUCAACUCUACGAUCUACAUUAAGGUUUGAAGACUCCACCAGACUAGGGAAAUACCAAUGUUCUCAUUAUGUUUAAUAACAGUACAAAUGAAGCAACGUUACUAACUGGGACGCUGGCUGAUUAUUUUAUCUCCAAAAUUUGGUCUUACUAAUGUGGAUGUGUGAAUAAUUCACUCCGGACGCCCUCGCGGUAUAAGACCACUAAGCUUUUCGGAUAUAUUUCCAGUUCUUAGCUUCUCUGAAACAUGACCGACAAUAGCCUGGGUAAGUUUAUGUGGAUCUAGAUUUUAAAGAGCGACUUUUGCCUUCUUGGUGUUUCUUGUCAUUCGUUCGAGUGAUUGAUUCUUUUUCAGUUUUGAGGCGGACGAUGCUGCGCUGUGUAUCGCUACCAUGAUUUUAGAAACAUAUUAACAAAGCGCGGUGACGCGUAGGCUCAUUUCAAUUGGAAGUGCGCGCGAGCAUAGUGGAGAUGCCUGGACAGGCAACGUUGCUCAAUCAGUUCGCCCUCAGCGCAAUACUUAUGGACCACAACAAAAGGCUAUUUUGAAGAAUGCUUCGGCAAUAAUUACCUCGCGGUUUUUCUAUACAUUCAAUACAAUGUCGCACGCGAGAUAUUGCUUAGCUCGCCGUCCAGGACGCUGUGAUCUCGUGUACUGUGUUGGAAAUGGGUGUAAGGAGUAGGAUCGCUUGGUAUUAAGCUAGACUUUAACUCUUCUUGUGACCGCUUCAAGCAGUAGCGUGUUUUGUUUCUUUUUCCCCAGAUGUUUGAUGUAAAGCAAGCAAUGGAAGCUAUAAUUUAAUCAUGCCAUCACUAUUCUUUUAUUUAUUACCACCGGAGAUGUCGCGAUGUUUUUUACAUUGAUGUUUUAUGCUGAAGCCUAUGUGCCUCUGUGUUUAUUUGCUCUUGUAACUUAAUCAUGUACAGUGGUUGUGUGAUUUAUCGUGAAAUUUGUGCUCACUUUCACGAAUUUUUGCAAUAGUGUUCUGUGGUUGACUGUGUAAAAAAAUGUUUCAAUGCGCAUCCGCUGUUCAUUAAAAUGUCUGAUAUUUCCUUCGUUUCA